AUGAGUGUCGCUAGUGGUUCAGAUUUACCAGGCCCUCAGCUGCUUUUCUAUCUUGCUUUGUUAAAUGAAAUCGCACAACAAACUCCUACUUUUAAUAUUGAUAAUGCGGAAUUGGCAAAAGUUUUUGCUGAUUCUUGGAGGAAUGCUGGCACUGAAUACACGGACGAAUUUAUUAUUUUGGCAGACAAACUUGGACUCAAUUAA